CAUUUCUAUCAGCUGAUACAAUUGGAAAGUUUGUUUUCCUAUAGGACGCGGCUUUCCUGGUGGAGGAGUGCUCGGUGCGUUCGGUUGAAGUGCGUCUUAAAUCUCGCGAUCUGAAAUGUUCGACACAGAAACUAUACGCGCCGAUCACAAGGAUGUAAUUCACGAUGUCAACUACGACUACUAUGGAAAGCGCAUGGCCACUUGUUCCAGCGACCAAACAGUAAAGGUCUGGGACAAGGACGAAAAUAACAAAUGGGUGGUGUCGUCCAGCUGGAAAGCCCACUCCGGGUCGAUUUGGCGCUUGUCGUGGGCCCAUCCUGAGUUCGGCCAGGUGAUUGCAACGUGCUCUUUCGACCGGACAGUGUCCGUGUGGGAGGAGAAUUUGGGCGAUAAAGUGACUCCGACGAUGGCCCCGAUGAAGCGGUGGACGAGGCGGACUACUCUGGUUGAUUCCCGGACGAGUGUGACGGAUGUUAAGUUUGCUCCGAAACAUCUGGGGCUGCUACUGGCCACGGCCUCUGCGGAUGGCAUUAUUCGGAUUUACGAGGCGCCGGAUAUUAUGAACUUGUCCCAGUGGUCGCUGCAGCAUGAGAUUUCGUGCAAAUUGCCGUUGAGCUGCUUGUCGUGGAGCAAAUCGCUGUUUAGGCUUCACGCGCCAUUGAUUGCGGCCGGCAGUGAUGAAUCCUCCCCAACUUCCGGGGGUAAAGUUUUCAUCUUCGAAUACAGCGAGAAUGCUCGCAAAUGGACAAAGGUGGAAACAGUGAGCGCCGUCGUCGAGCCAGUUCAUGACAUUGCUUUCGCGCCAACGGCUGGACGGAGCUACCACAUUCUUGCGAUCGCCAGCAAAGACCUGCACAUUCUCCACCUGAAGCAGCCACUCCCUGUCGGGAAUGAACCGGGAACGGGCCCUCGACUCGAAAUACAGUCAUCCGCGCAAUUCACAGACCAUUACUGCCAUGUCUGGCGAGUUUGCUGGAAUAUCACGGGCACGAUGCUGGCGUCAACUGGAGAUGAUGGCUCUGCGAGGAUAUGGAAAAUGAAUUACAUGAAAAACUGGAAAUGUGCCGCCGUGGUGAAAGGAGAUGGUAACCAGUCGCCUACCGAGACCUUCCUGCAGUCGCAGCAGUCCUCCAUGAACGUGUCGACGCCGACGACGAAAUAUUACAAGAAAGGGACCAUCGCCAAUCCGAGCCAGGUUCCGUGGCAUUAGUGAAUGUGGGUCCGACCUGGUGCCAGUUGUGACUGAAUCGAAGUGUGAAUGAUCCUCUCCAAUACUUUGCGGUUAACAUUCUGUUCUUAUUGAUUUAGGUGUUGUAAUGUGAACAUAUUUUUUUGGGGUAAUAUUGAAAGUGUCCUGAAAUGUUUAGGAAAUAUAUUGAA